AUGACUUUCCUUGAGCUGAUGGAUUACUGGAGACAACCGAAACAAGGUAAUGAGUAAAAUAACACGAAAGCAGCCUUGAUGAGACAGCCAUCCAAGGCUAAAUAAGACUCUGUCCUCCUGCUUGAUUAAACCUGAUUAGCCAAAGCUCUGGGACACAGGUCUAUUUGAGACCUUUCAAGAGCUGCUCUCCAGAAGAAAGAAGUAAUUUUUAAAAAUAAUUUGAAAGAAUAAUUUAGCAGCUGUCAAAAGAGGAGGAACCAUCGUCUGACAAAGGAUUCAGCAGCUCCUUUAGCUCUAACUUUGAAGUCAUGAAUACUAAUUCAGUAAACCGGACGGACUGCCCAGAGGUGAAGGUCCCCUUCCUCAUCUUCUUCACGGUUGGAAUCGUGAGCCUGGCUGAGAACUUGCUGGUUGUACUGGCCGUCAUACUGAACAGAAACCUGCACUCGCCCAUGUACUGCUUCAUCUGCAGCCUGGCCGCCUUUAACACCAUUGCAAGUCUGACAAAAACCUGGGAGAACCUGAUGAUAGUUUUUGCUGAUGUGGGACAGCUGGAGAAGAGAGGUCCCUCAGAGACAAAGCUGGAUGACAUGAUGGACUCCCUGCUCUGCAUGUCAUUUGUUGGCUCCAUUUUCAGUUUCCUAGCCAUUGCUGUGGAUCGCUACAUCACCAUCUUCAAUGCUCUGCGAUACCACAACAUCAUGACAAUGCAGCGAACUGGAGGUAUUUUGGUGGUCAUCUGGACUACAUGUGGUGUGUCAGCUGUGCUGAUGGUGAGGUUCUUUGACUUCAAGUUCAUCAUGAUCUGCUUUGUUGUCUUUUUCAUCGUUUCUCUGGCUAUUAUUUGCUUCCUAUAUGUCUACAUGUUUCUGUUGGCACGCAUCCAUGCCAAGAGCAUUGCAGCCCUCCCCCCCGGUAGUGGGGGCAAGUGCCAGCGUCAACGGCGGUGGGCCAGCAACAUGAGAGGGGCUCUGACGCUCACCAUCCUUUUUGGAGCUUUUGUGGUGUGUUGGGCACCAUUUUUCACCCACCUGAUCAUCAUCAUGGUGUGCCCCUUGAACCCUUAUUGCGAGUGUUACAGAUCACUGUUCCAGCUGCACGUGGUGCUGAUUAUGAGCCAUGCCCUCAUCGACCCCGCCAUCUAUGCCUUUCGCAGUGCUGAGCUCAGAUACACCUUCAGGAAGAUGCUCCUAUGUUCAAGCUGGAAGUUGUGCUCAUGAGAAAAACAUUGAAGUCCACCCCACUGGCAUUUGGGGUCACCUGUGUGUGCUGUUUGUCGUUGGACCUUUGGGACUAACACGUUGUGGCUGAAGUGUUUUCUUGUUUUUCAGUGUAUGUCUGAGAAGUACAAUAAGUAAGAGAUGGAUAUAAACUACAUUAUAAUUGCAUUUACUUUACAUAAUUGUGUCUGAUUGCUAAAAAAGUUUUUAAUAAUGCUAAAUUUGCUUGCCAAAGGUCAUGAAGUCCCACUUGCAGUGCCACCCUUUGGCCAGUAGUGAUGCAGCUUGUUGAGCUCAUUCAUGACCUCCGUAGUAAAACAAUUUUCCGUUAGGUUUGUUGCCACGUCCUCCUAAUUCCCAUGAUGUUUGCUUGAUUUAACACUUAACAAUGACGAUCUAAAUCUAAACAUUUGUCCUGUUAUUUUUUGUUGCUGAAUGUUUAAUGAGUUGUUUGUUACUGAGCAAAGAAAAACAUGUAGUAAGACAUGGAAUUUAUACCUGUUGUGAGAUUCGAACCCAGGUCACUCUAAGAAAACGAUUGACAUGAAAACAACAUGUUCUCCUGCACCACAUGUGCCUGUAGAAAUGCCCAGGGUUUCUUUCUUUCUGAACAAAUACACAAACACUGAUCUCAAUAAGACGAGGACAUUGCGAAAGAUUUGUUCAUCCUUGGAUUUUCCACAUUAUUUAAAUAGAAACUGCGUGCUUGUGUUGUAAAAGUAUGAUGGUUUGAUAAUUUGUUGAGAAAGAAUAUUUGUCAGCAAAAAAUUAAACGUCCCUUAAUAUUUUUAGUAGUUUAUAAUUAAAACUAAUAAUUUUAAGAAAUAAAGCAAACUAGAAAAGAAAAACCUACGCACAUUCAAACCAAUACAGUUAGUAAAAGACAGCAAACUAAAGAAAACAUAUAAGCUUAAAAGAAAUACUGCUCCCUAUCUGGAUUCUACAUCAAAAGGCAAAUCGUGACUGUGGCCUGAACCUCAGGGCCAUCAUAUGGAAUAGCUGUAAAAGUCAGGACAGAAUGCAUAAUGCACAGCGAGAGUGACCACUAUAAAUUUCCACUAGGUAGCACUAGAAAUCUAGUUCUUCUAUAUGUUAUUAAUGACACCGUAAAGCAAUUUUUCUCCCUGUUCCUACUUAUUGUGUCAGGAGCCGGAGCCAGGGCGGGUUUGGUGGGUGUUUUCUCACUUCCGGUUUUGGGCUUUUAUUUUGUUACUUCCUUUCAGGGCUCACUGUUUCACUAGGUAACUUCACCAGUCAUCACCGGCACCUGUCUGCUCACCUGUUUGUCAUUCCCAUUUGUGUAUUUAAACCCUGGUCUGUUUGUUUCUUGUCACUGGGUCGUUUUGUAAGUUCGCUUCAGUCAUUUCAAGUACUAUUGUGAUUAAACCUUGUUUGCUUUUGAAGCUC